UUGAAAAAAUAAUUCCCCAGGGGAAUUAAUCGAGAAAAUACGGUAUGUGUUUUUUGGCGUUUAUUUUUAGCCAAUUUUUGCGUUCCGCGUUUGGCGUAUUUUAACAAUAAAAAUUGGCGUUUGGCGAACCACAUGAAAAUUUUGACGCACAGCCCUGGCUGUGAACUAAAUACCACUUAACUUUUUUUGUUAAAUGACACCUCUAGAAUUUAUUUAUAUUCUGUUUUACAAUAACAUUUGUGAACAAAUAAGAGUACUUAAAAUAAUAAAAAACAAUUUGUAUCCCCUUUAUCAACCUGAGCAAUCUUUUCUUUACAAAAAUUUUUUAAAUGUCCAAUUUUCUGAAUUUUUAUUUCCUUUGUAUAGUUUAAAAACAAAGAAAGUUUGAAUAGGUAAAUAAUUUGUGG